AUGGCACAGUCAGCUGCCGAUGCCGCGGCGCACGGCGGCGAGGGCUCGGGCCUCACCGCCAGCAGCUACGCCGUCGACAAGUCCCAGAUACCCCGCCCCUACAAGUGCCCGCUCUGCUCCAGGGCCUUUUACCGCCUCGAGCACCAGACCAGGCACAUCCGGACGCACACGGGCGAGAAGCCCCACGUCUGCACGCAUCCGGGCUGCGAGAAGCGCUUCAGCCGCAGCGACGAGCUCACCCGCCACGUCCGCAUCCACGCCAACCCGAAAAAGGGCGGCGCAGCGGCGGCCCACGCGGAUGCCGACGGCAAGCGCAACGCCGCUCUGAACCGCAAACCCGGAUCGCAGAAGCCGGCGAGCAGCGGGCGUGCGGUGCGAUGGCAGGUCGGCGCCGAAGACGAGCUUGAUGAGAGCGACUCUGACCAUGAGCACCACGAGCGCAAGAUGCGGAGCGGCGGCGCGCACGGAAGGUCGGGCGAGAUGUCGGCGCUCGCCAUGCUGGCCAGCGACGAGCUCCACGAGCUGCAGCGAGCCGAAAGGGAGGGUCGCAAGCCGAUUCUCGGCCGUGGCUACGGCCAGGCGCCGUCGCAGGAGGCGUACGGCGACCGGUACUACUCCCACCCGCAGUCAUCGUCCUACGCUGCGGCCUCGACCCACGCGGCGGGAGGCGACACUCCUCCCGGAUGCUCGCACGACGAUUGCCAUCGCAAGUUCAACGAUCGCAUCGCUUAUACGCUGCUCUCGCGCCCUGCCUCCGGGCGGUACGGCGCCAAUGAUGGCGCCUACGCUCGCCCUGGCGCCCCUCCGCUCGGCGGCCCGUUCCCGCCACCCAGCCUGGCCCACCGCUACUAUCCGUACCAGUCGACGCCGCUGCAGAACGGCGGGUUCGCCUCGACGUCGAGCAGCAUGCCGAGCAGCGUCGAGCACUCGCCGCGAUUCUCGCCAGAGGAGAGCCUGCCCGGCGGCGACGACUACAUUUCCGACGUGGACCAUCUCCACGAGGACCUCAAGCCGAGGCUGGCCGCCAACGCUCAGCCGCACUGGACGCCCUCGAGCAGUCCGGUCCUGGGUCCGCUUCGCAACAUGAGCCUGCUUGGUGCGAGCACGGUGCCCAACAGCCCGAUGCACUCGCGGCCGGGAUCGCCGAUCCACCACGCGUCGGCGCGACUCUCGCCGCACGCCGCCGUGUCGCCGCCGCACUAUGCCCACGCGGGCACCUACCACGAGGGUCCGGCGCACCAGCCGGGCGUUGGACACCACGGUUCCCACCGGCACCGAAGCCACCCUUACGGCCCGUCUCUGCACGACUCGUCGUCGCGCUCCAGGUCGCACCACCAUCUCUCGUCGCUCGGCGUGACGUCGAGGCACGUUUCUGCCUCGGGCCACCCCUCGAUCCCGCCGAGCACCUCUGGGGAGAGGAGCACCGCCGCAGAGCUCGACUCGCACGCGAGCGGUUCCGCCUCGACCUCGGCCUCGACGUCGCCCGCGCAGCCCUCCAACAUGCCUCCGAAACUCUCGAGGAGCCACAGUUUCGGCUCGCGAGGUCGCUCUCUGGGCUCCAGCGCGAGCCUGAGCGCGUAUCACCUCACGCCGACAGCCGCUCCUCCCGCACCGUGCGAGGCCGACCGGUCCGGUGUGGCCUCUGCAGCGGUGCCGCGCAAGAACCGGAUCGGAGGACAGUCCUCGAUGGCGGACGCCCGGCAGCAUGGGCUCAUUCCCACGCGAGACGGCUCGCACCACCCGCACCACGCCCACCACGUCCUGCACCACAGCUUCCACCCCUACGGCGACUCGGGCCACGGCAGGCGCAACGCCCGCAACAGCUCUCGCUCGGCGCCCGCCAGCCGCGCAAACUCUCCGCACGGUUCGCCGACGCUGCAGCCGAUCCAGCAGCUGCCGCUGCACGGCACGUCGCACUCGAGGCAGAGCUCCAACGGCGCCAGCUUCAACAUGAGCGCCGGCCACGGCGGCAGCAACGACUCGAGCCCCAACAGCGUCUACUCGCAGAUCCCCAACGGUUCCGCCAGCGCCAGCAACUCGCCGCGCGGCAUCGGUCCGAGCCACGGAUCGCACCAGAGGAACAAGAACAAAGGCCUCGGAUUCGGCAUGACGCCCAUCCACGCCGCCGCCAGGGAGGGCGCGCCCACGCUGCCGCCGCUCGGCCAGGCCAUUGCUUCGCGCGAGAACUCGCCCGUCAGCAUGGUGCUGCCGCCGCCGCUGCAGCGCCACCAUCCCGGCGAUGGCGCGCCCGAGGUCGACAUGGCGCCCCUGGCGUAG